GAUCCAGACAAAUAAUGAAAUAUUUUUGUAUUUGAUUUAUCGUAAAGCAACCGAAAAUGAAUCGCAACUUUGAAAGGCAGAUUGAACAUUUCAAAUACAGACUGACAUCCUCGCACAAAUAUCGCCGCCUGGAUCAGCGAAUAAACAUCAGCAAACGGAAGCUGCUCCUAAUUUCAGGAUGCGCGGCCAUCGUAGUCAUUGCAUUAACAUUAGGAUUGUACUUUGGUCUCAAAGAGGAAGACAUUAUCGAUGUCAGCAAUGAACCGUCGGCUCUGACUGGUGCUGCCGUUACCUCAAACGGUGUAGAAUGUGCGCAGAUCGGUACGGACAUCCUGAUGCUGAAUGGAACCGCGGUUGAUGCAGCCAUCGCAGUAUUGUUCUGUGAGGGGGUCACCUGCCCACAAAGCGCCGGUAUCGGUGGAGGUUUUUUCGCUACGAUCUACGAACGUAGCACCAGAACAGUCCACACAUUGGACGCACGUGAAACAGCACCGGCUGCGGCCACGAAGAAUAUGUACGUCGACAAUAGCAAUGCUGCCGUUGAGGGAGGUCUGUCCGUGGCAGUUCCUGGCGAGAUCAAAGGCUACUGGACCAUGCAUCAAAAGUAUGGAAAACUGGACUGGAAAACGCUGAUUCAGCCUACGAUUGACCUGUGCAGGAACGGGCACAUAGUGUCCGGAUACCUGGAACGGAUAAUUCAGCCACGCCAAGAAAAAAUAUACAGCAUUCCCUCGCUACGUGAAAUAUUGAUCAACCCCGAAACCAAUGCAACAUGGCGUGAAGGUGAUCGAAUCAAAAGACUUGCUCUAGCGGAUAGUUUAGAAAUUAUUGCAAUGGAAGGAGCGGAUGCUCUUUAUAGUCGAAAUGGUACACUGCUACCUAAACUGAUGCGCGAUCUCAAACUAUUUGGCAGUAUUCUGACGGAAGAUGAUUUUUAUAAUUACGAACCACGCUGGCUCCCACCGGCAACAACCAUAUUGAAAAGCGGCAACCAAGUUUACUCCAUGCCACUACCGGGUAGUGGACACGUAUUAAACUACAUGCUCAACAUUAUAGACGGCUACGAUCAGUUAACCGUCGAUGACCCCCUCACGUGGCACAGAAUUGUGGAAGCUUUCAAGCACGGAUACGGUUUACGUACCAAGCUUGGCGAUCCUCCAUUUGUGCCGGGUGUGGAAGAACUGCUAAGGAAACUGACCAAUGAGAACUAUGCGGCAUUUGUACGCGAUGGUAUCUUCGAUAAUAUGACAUUCUCGAACUACGAGCACUAUGGGGCAGAAUUUGCCAACGAAGAUGACUACGGCACUGCGCAUAUUUCCGUGCUGGCACCAAAUGGCGAUGCCGUCGCUGCAACCACUACGAUCAAUUAUGUGAAUCCAUACCGAAAGAAAAUCGCACUCACCUCCGCCGUUCUAACAAUAGUUCUGAUCUCAUUGGCCGGAGGGUUAUACUAUGGCUUGGCCAGACGUGACUCUGAGCACAUUCCUAAUGAUCGACACGGAGGAGCAGUGGUCGCCAAUGGGCACGAGUGUGCAACAAUUGGAGCGCGAAUCCUACGCAUGAAUGGAUCAGCUGCCGAUGCCGCCAUAGCAACUCUAUUCUGCGAGGGGGUUACGUGCCCACAAAGCAUGGGCAUCGGGGGAGGUUUUAUUCUGACGAUCUACGACAGAGCAAAUAACCGCGUAGAGACACUGAACGCAAGGGAAACUGCCCCAGCUGCGGCGGCCGAGGAUAUGUUCGUAAAACCGGACAAUUCUACAAGAGACAAAAGAGGCCUCCUGAUAGCAGUACCCGGUGAAUUGAAAGGGUAUUGGGUUCUUCAUCAAAAAUAUGGCAAAUUAGACUGGAAAACGUUGGUGCAGCCUACCAUAGAUUUGUGUAGGAAAGGGCACAUGGUUACUGGAUAUUUGGAACGAAUUUUGUACCGAACGAGAAUACAAAUUCACGCAGAACCAUCAUUGCGUGAGAUAUUCAUCAAUCCAGAAACAAAUAACACGUGGAAGGAAGGGGAGUAUAUUAAACGACUGGCUCUGGCCGAUAGCUUAGAGAUCAUUGCAAACGAAGGUGUACAUUCUCUGUACAGUAAAAAUGGAAGCCUGUUACCAAAGCUUAUGGAAGACUUGAAAGGAUUUGACAGCAUUCUUACAGAGGAAGAUUUCUAUAAUUAUGAACCUAAAUGGGAGGCUCCUUCAACAGUCACGGUCCGCAAUAAUAGUCAAGUGCACUCAUUUCCAUUACCCGGAAGUGGAUCACUGCAAAAUUUUAUGCUAAAAGUUUUAGAUGGAUAUAACGAUCUGAAUGUAACGGAUCCCUUGACCUGGCAUCGAAUAGUUGAAAGUUUCAAAUUCGGAUAUGGCAUACGAACCAGAGUUGGAGACCCUGGGUAUCUUUCGGGGGCACAUGGUUUAUUAGCCAAUUUAUCCAGUACCAGCUAUCCAGAGUACGUUCGUAGUCAAAUUCAUGAUAAUGAAACUUUUGACGAAUAUGCACACUAUGGAGCGGAAUUCUCCAACCCAGAGGACCAAGGCACAGCGCAUAUUUGUGUAUUAGCUGCCAACGGAGACGCGGUAUCGGCUACCAGCACUAUCAAUUAUUUACUAGGAGCCAAAAUUCGUUCCCGAUCCACCGGAAUCAUUCUGAAUGACGAAAUGGACGAUUUCUCGUCGCCUGGAACGGUCAACACAUAUGGUUUACCACCAUCGCCCAGCAACUUCAUCGCUCCUGGAAAACGUCCGCUGUCUUCGAUGACGCCGACGAUUGUAACGCACCAAACAGAAGGAGUUCAAAUGGUUGUUGGUGGGGCGGGUGGAUCACGAAUCACAACGGCCACCGUUACCCUCCUGCUUCGGUAUCUGUUCUUCGGGGAGGAUCUGGACACCGUCAUGAAUGCCAGGCGUCUCCAUCACCAGCUGGCUCCAAUGUGGGUGGACUAUGAAACGGGUUUUGACGAAGCAAUUUUGGAAGGAUUGCGGAUACGGGGUCAUGAUGUGCGUGAAAAGACGCCCGAUGCUGGCUUUGCAGCCGCGACGGCAAUCACCAAGGAUUCAAAGAACACCGUAAACGCAGCAUACGAUUCGAGGCGGGGAGGAAGCUUGGAGCUUAUAGCAUAGUUUUAACCAAAGACUGUAACAUUAUGUAAAGAAGAAAGAACUGUUGAAAAUGGAA